CAGCGGGGAGAAUGUGGCAUUCACGGCGAGGAGGGAAAACCAGGAGCAGCGUCCGCCAGCGAAGUGUCGGACAAAGUACUAAAGUCCUAAAAAUACACAUCAUUUACGCGAUUAAUGGAGAUUCAACCAGAAUAUAACACGUUUGGAAGAUAAUACUCCUGGAAUAAAACACUUUUGUGGAAUAUCAACACAAGGAGCUUAUCGGAGUUUUUUUUUUUCCUACAAACUGCCACCGUGGUCUGGUGAAAAUCAGGGGUUGAAAAGUUUCUGGCAUACUUGACUGAAAAAAGUUCUGACCGCAUCACCUCCCCCGUCCUCCCCCCCCCGGCCACGCCAACAGCCCCCAACCCCCCCUGGAUAUAACCUAUAAAGACUGAAAAGGAGUAAAGUCGGAGCAGAAGAGUUAAGCAGCGGAGGAGUUUUCCGACUCAGCGGGUCAGAGGAAGGAGAGCAUCGCUUUAAAGUUUCUCGUGCUGUCAGCUGGGCGUCAGAGGGAGGAAGUGGAGAGUCUCACCUGAGGCAGGUCCACGUCUCCGGCGCUCAGCAUGAGGCUCUGAGGGAGGGAGGGGUAUUUUUUAAGAAAGCUGGUUCAAACACGAGGAGGAGGAGGAGGAGGAGGAGGAGCAUGGGGAAGGAGCAGGACCUGCUGCAGGCGGUGAAGAGCGGGGACCUGGUGUCCACUCAGAAGCUGCUGUCCAAACUCAAAACCAGCAGGAACAAGUUGCUGGGUUCCACCAAGAGACUCAAUGUGAACUACCAGGACACAGAUGGGUUUUCGGCCCUGCACCACGCUGCUCUCACAGGGACCACGGAGCUGCUGUCGGCCCUGCUGGAGGCCCAGGCCACCGUGGACGUCAAGGACAGCAACGGAAUGCGUCCGCUGCAUUACGCAGCCUGGCAGGGGAAAGCUGAAUCGGUCCUGAUGCUGCUUCGCUCAGGAGCGUCAGUCAACGGCGUUUCCCUGGACGGACACAUCCCUCUGCACCUGGCGGCGCAGUACGGACACUACGAAGUGUCUGAGAUGCUGCUGCAGCAUCAGUCCAACCCCUGUCUGGUCAACAAGGCCAAGAAGACUCCUCUGGACCUGGCCUGCGAGUUCGGGAGAGUCCAGGUGGCCCAGCUGUUGCUGAGCAGUAACAUGGUCGUGGCGUUGUUGGAAGGAGAGAGGAAGGAGCCGACGGACUCGGCCUUCACAACGCCGCUACACCUCGCCGCCCGCAACGGACAUAAAGACAUCAUACGGCUGCUUCUGAAGGCCGGCAUCGACAUCAACAAGACCACCAAGUCUGGGACGGCUCUGCACGAAGCCUCUCUGUACGGGAAGACAGAGGUGGUUCGACUGCUGCUGGACGCCGGAGUGGACGUGAACAUCCGUAACACCUACAACCAGACGGCGCUGGACAUCGUCAACCAGUUCACCACGUCGCACGCCAGCAGGGACAUCAAGCAGCUGCUGCGAGAUGCGACGGGUGUUUUGCAGGUCAGAGCUCUGAAGGACUACUGGAACCUCCACGAUCCCACUGCCCUCAACAUCCGAGCCGGAGACGUCAUCACGGUGUUGGAGCAGCAUGUGGACGGGCGCUGGAAGGGCCACAUCCACGACACCCAGAGAGGGACGGACCGAGUCGGCUUCUUCCCUCCGUCCAUCGUGGAGGUCAUCAGCCGGCGAAAUGGGGGCACCCUGUCCCGGCACACCUCUCUGCCCACCCAGCGCCAGCAGCUGCUCUCCAGAGCCCCCCUCUCCUCCAGCCUCAGCUCCGCCCCUCAGACCGACGACUCCUACACUCUGUACGCACCCCCCACCCACGUGGUGCUGCCGCUAGCCAACGGCAUCACUACCAACACAGGUUUGUCUCCGAGCCGCCUGUCUCGGUCAGAGUUUCCCUUCGAGGAUAUCUGGGUUCUCAGGGACUCGGGUCAUGCUGGAGACAGGAACAGUGUCGGGAGCACCGGCAGCGUCGGCAGCACCCGCAGUGCCGGGAGCGGACAGAGCACCGAGAGCAACAACGCAUCCAACGGACUCCAACACAACACAGGUCACCAUGAUAACGCCAACAAGCCGGCGCCCUCUGCUGUUGAUUCUGCACACUUAGACCUCAGCAAACCGCCUGAUCAUCCUGCAGGUGGGACUCCUCGGAAGCAGACCGUGACGGUGCAGAGACCUGCAGAGCAGAGUUUCUCCCAGCAGUUUGUUCGACCUCAGCAGCUCCUGGAGGGGAAGGAUGCAGAGGCCAUCUAUCAGUGGCUGAGUGAGUUCCAGUUGGAGCAGUAUACUGGGAACUUCAUCACUGCUGGUUAUGAUGUUCCCACCAUCAGCAGGAUGACUCCAGAGGAUCUGACUGCCAUCGGAGUGACCAAACCAGGCCACCGCAAGAAAAUCUCCAUCGAGAUCAACAACCUGAACAUGCCUGAGUGGCUGCCCGAGUACAUCCCAUCUGAUCUGGGCGAGUGGCUCAGUGCCAUCGGCCUCCCACAGUACCACAAAAAACUCUCAGAAAACGGCUACGACUCCAUCAGCAUUGUCAGAGACCUCACAUGGGAGGACCUGCAGGAGAUCGGCAUCACCAAGCUGGGUCACCAGAAGAAGCUGAUGCUGGCGGUGAAGAAGCUGUGUGAUAUCCAGAGGGCGAUCCUUCAGGCUGAAUCUGGCCAAGGCACACUGCGCCGCAGAGCCCCCGGAGCCCUCCACCUGGUCGCCAUUGAGCCGCCUGACACGGCAGGUGAAUGCUCUUCCCCUCACACCCCAAAGAUGCUGACCUUCCAGGACAGCGAGUUGAGCGCUGAGCUGCAGACCGCCAUGUCCAGCCACUACGGAGGCUGCGAGGAAGGCUUGGCCAUCAAGCAUGCAGUGGGAAUGUACCAGAGUCAGGAGAGCAUCGACAACCGGUCCAGAGGCUCUGGACGCUCCCAGGAACCCCCCACUGCUUCCAUUACUCCCCACAGCUGGUCCCAGGAGAGUCUGGACGGCAGCCCCGCCAAGGAGAGAAACCUCCCAGAGGGCUGGGACCAGAGGCCUCUGCAGCAGCAGACGCUGCCCAAACAGGUGCCUCUGGGCACAGCAACCGUAUUUAAGUACCCGGCAAUCCCAGCCAAGCCGAAACUGUCUGGAUCUCGUGGCUCCUCCCCUCAUGGCUCCCCAGCAUUAAAGGGUUUCAGCUACUUGCAUUCUCAGUGUGGCUCCACAGACCUGAGCUCAUCCUCAAGGCCCAAAAACCACACCAUGACCCUGACACCGCCCAAGAAGCGCACCCAGACCACAACCCGCUACGCUCUGUCGGAUGGAGAGCCAGAUGAGGACGACGAAGACCCGGCAUUUCCAUCUGGAAACCUGUCAUCCUAUGCCACCUUGACCCGCAAACCCGGUCGCAGCCAGCUGGCUCGGUUAAAGUCGAGUCCAGAAAAGAACAGCAACGUGGGACGCAGUCAGUCCUUUGCAGUGCGUGCCCGAAAAAAAGGUCCGCCCCCUCCUCCUCCGAAGAGACUGAGCUCAGUGAGCAGCACCACCAGCGGAGAGCUGAGCGACAGCAGCACAACAUCAUCUGCUGGCGGGGUGAUGACAGACAGUCCAGUGAGCGUGAGGAGCAUCACGGCCUCUUUGGAAAGCAGGUCAGAGGAGAAAAAACACCCAGGACCGAAACCAGACCUCGUCCAGCAGGCGACGCCUAUGCCCUCCCUCAACUCUGCAGGGCAGGAGCCCAGAGAGGCUGCCGGGGUAAGGAAGAGGGUACAGAGCGAGUGUAUUUCCACCCAGACCAGCAACAGCACAGAGCCGGAUCAAGGGGUGAGGUCUGACUCGGAGGAAGAAGAAUCAAAAGGUCGUGGACUGGAGGGGUCCUCGUCCCCUCAGAACAGCUCCAGUGAAUGCAUCCCCUUCGCCGAGGAGGGCAACUUGACCAUCAAACAGAGACCCAAAGCUCCGGGGCCACCCAGGGCUGAGGCCGUGCUGGAGCCUCCAGAGAAACCAGCAGCCAAGAGCCUGGAGGUGCCCGAGUUUAAUCUGAAGGAGUCGGACACAGUGAAGCGCCGACACAAACCCAAAGACAAGGAGCAGGAAGGAGGCUCCCCGAGCAGGGAGGGAACGAGGGAAGCCGGGUUAGAGUACGGCGGCAGCAGGCCUCCGUCCCAGGAGGUCAGUCUAAGGAUCAGUGAGGCCAGUCAGCACAGGCCGGCCAGUCCUGCAACAGGAUCUCCCAUCAAACCUCCGCUCUCCCCGAAACCUGCCGUGGCCCCAAAACCUGUGCGCCACAGUCUACUGGCAGCACAAGCUGGACUCUCCUCUCCAUCUGUGACCGUCACUGUUGGUCAAAGUGUAGCCUUCACCUCUCCAUCCGCUUACGGGUCCCCAGCUUCGGCCCCUCAGAGUCCCUCUCUGACAGCAGCCAGGCCUCAGGUGUGUGUAGUGGGUCCGGGUCUCGUCCCUGAAUCGACCUGCGCGACUGAGGGGGUUCAGCAAAGACUGGAUCAGACCAGCACGUCUUUGGAAGCAGCUCUGAUGGCUGUGGAGAGAAAACUGAACCUGGAGGACCACCCAGACAGUGGAUCAAACACAGUGAAGUCGGCAGGGACCAUUCUGGACGACAUCGGCAACAUGUUUGACGACCUGGCCGACCAGCUGGACGCCAUGUUGGACUGAAGACUUUUCAUAUUGGCCAAAAUAAAAAAAUAUUCACCCUCAAACUCAGGAAGUGAAACAGAGAAAGAAACAAAGGGGGAAAGGAGGGUCAACCGAGAGAUUUCCCCACUGAUGUUGUACUCUGAACCAUAUGACACAGGCAGAGCAGCGAAACUCAGACUCCUGUGUUGUUUCUCAGCCUGAACACCAGCACUUAAUCUGCACUGUGCUUCCUCAACAAGGUCCUUUACUUUAACAGAGAGUUGAUUCUGGUUUCUGUACGGAUAGAUUCACUUUUUUAACCUUUUUAACGCUCGUGUCGUCGUGUCUUAUCAAACACGAACCGAACACGGAGGCAAAACUUGGACCAGCGGUGUUUUAUCAGCUCACUGUGAGGGAAAACUCCUCCACAGAUUAUUAUGAUUCUUGUCAUAUACAGUGAAGUUUUAUCUUUUUGAUGUAAUAGUAAUAGAGAGCCGAAGUCCUGACAUCACUUCCUGUUCAGCUUCUGUUCCACUACCUUCGGUCACUCGGUGCAAUCUGUCAGUCUUUCUGAAAAGUGUUUUAAAGCAGCAUUAUGUAAGAUGUGUUUUUGUGAUGUUGUGCCCCAAACAUUUCAGCCGUAGUAAGUUCUGCUGUACACGUGCAAUUGUUAUGAUUAUAUUACUUAUGAUGUUGCCAACGUUGCUAACAGCCAAACAUCAAGCAAGACAAGAAAACAAUAUUACUGACCAGCCCAACAGAAAGAUGGCCAGCUCGCCGUCUGUCCUGCAGCCUUUUAUUUCUCAAAGCCCUCGCCAACGUCCGGCAGCCUCUAGCUUCCUCUGGCAGCGUCCUCUUCAGUCCCUUUGCUUCUGCCAUUAGUUAACGUAACAUCCAUAGAAGCUGCCGAGCCCAGUUAUGUUUCCCGCUCGCCCGGCUUUGGCUCGACGCUGUUGCUUGAAACUUGGGUGGCGAGCUAGCCAACAAAACUAGCAACAGCAUACGACGAAAGAGCACUUAACAGUAACAUUACCAAUGUCUGAGUGUGUUAUCUAGUAAGUUUGCUAACAUGAACUCCAGAUUUAUAGCUAGCAGCUAAACCUCUGGCAGAUUUUUCUAGAGUCGUCAACUUUGCUAACAGCCAAACAUCGAGCAAUCGAGAGCAACAACACAGCAAUAUUACUGACUAGUCCAACAGAAAGAAGUCCAGCUCGCGUUUUAUUUCACGGAGCUCUUGCCAACAUCCGGCCGCCUCUUGCUUAGUCUCUUUUGUCGCCCACUCGCCUCGGCUCUGGCUCGACACCGGGUGCCGCUCUCCACCAGCAGCAGCUUAAUGUUGCUUGAAACUUGGGUGGCGAGCUAGCCAACAAAGCUAGCAAACAGCAACCGGCGCAGGAGCACUUACAGCAACGUUACAGAUGUCCGAGUACGUUAUUUAGUAAUUUUUCUAACAUCAACUCCAGAUUAAUAGCUAGCAGCUAACUUUUCUUUGUUCUUUAUUUGGAUUUCCAUCAGCUGCAAAAAACAAUCAAAAAGGUUCCAGAACAGAAAUAAAUAAAGUCACAUCUAUAUUUUAAAGUUUUAAUGACUUUUUUAAUUUUUCUUACUUUUGAUCUACCUGAAUUAAAGUUAGUGAAAGGCUGCUAAAAACAAAAAUAUUUAUUAGAGGCCAACCAAUAAAACAACUGAGAUCUAAAAUUAACUAAUUACGUAUAAUAAUAAUAAUAAUAAUAAUAAUAAUAAUAAUGAUAAUAAUAAGAUCAUGUCUGUGUUUAUAACAGCCGUUAAACGACAAUUGAAAAAGAAAACUGAGAGACGGAGCCGUCAAUAAUGUUAUCAGUGGUGUCAUUGCAUAGUUUGUCCACUAGAGGGCGCUCUGCAGUUUCCCUGUUCAGGGGACAGAUUUUUAAAACUGCAAUAUGUCAUGUAAUCUUGGCGAGGUCUCGUAACUACACCCAACACACGUUAGGGAUACUCUUUGUUUAUGUUACGUGUUUCUGAAAAGAAGAAAAACAAACUACAUCGGCCGAUAUAUCGGAUUUAAAAAAACUAAAAUAUCAAAAUCAGUCCUAAAAAUCCCAUAUCGGCCGGGCUGUAAUAAUAAUUAAACAGUGUUAUUAUAUAGUUCUAAAUGAUAUGCCAUCCAUAUCAAGACACACUGUUAGUGGUUAUUUGUGUUGUUCUGAACGUUAAUGUGAUUUAUAAAAGCUCUUUUCUUCCUCGUGGAACAGAACCUGGACCGGCUCUCUGUUCAGGCUCUAUCCUGUCUGACCAUUUCAAAAUGUACCCUUGUAAUAUUUAAACAAAGCAAAACAUUUAUUUUAUACCAAGUACUUUUAACCACGUGUAGUUAGCCACAUGGCUCAGUGUCGGCGUGUUUGUGUUCUUUAAAGUGUUUAUGAAGCUACAGCAAACCCGUGCUCAGUCGUGUCGUUUCUACAAAGGGAAGCAUGUUCAGCUCAUUUCACGUGUGGACUCAGUCAGUGUGUACAUUCGGAGACAUGUCGGUGAUAUACAGACUAUUUUUUGAUAUUCAAUUUAGCCAAAUUAGUAUUUAAAUUAGACUUAUCUAAAUAUAUAUAUAUUGUACACCAGAGGUAUAUACAGGAGCAGAUAUUAAACCAAAGUGUUUGUACAGAUUUUCUUCCUCUGAUAUUUUCACAAACAUUUCCUUUGUGCAGAACCCUGAUCUGUCCUCUUCCUGCGUGUUACAAGAUGUUUAUGAAAUGUUGUUUUCCUGUGCAGCGUGUGGAGAAAGUGUCUGUGUUUAGCAUGAAGAGACCGUUAACUCUGGUGUGUGAGGGGGGUUUGUCCUGCGAUCAUGUGACCUCUGUGUGAAUGAGAUGCACAUUAUUUUAUUUUUACCCCAUCAGCUUUCCAACAACUCAGCCUCUGAUUGGCUACUACCUCCGUCGGUUAAAGGGUAAUGUCAGUAUUUUUAAACCUGGGCUCUGUUUCUACGUAUGUUGGUGUUGAAAUGACUCGUAGGUACGAACAGGUUUGAAUCUGCUCAGACAACAAACUCCUCCCCCUCGUGUCCACCGGCGUCUUCCUCCAUGGACGAAUCGAAUGACUGUGGUUUGUUCUGACGUGUCUGGACAGUGUAAUUGGCCGUUCUCAUUCCCAGAGCGUCAAAUAGCUACACUUUGUCACGUCUUUUAGCGUCUGGUAUCAACGCACAUGGCUGCCUUUAGCGUUAUUGGUCAAAAGUCUGAGUAAGUAGGUGGAUGGGUGGGACAAAAACCAGACUUUCCUUUUAGAGAUUUUAUGUACUGUAGCUGGAUUAAUUUAAGUUACUUAACUGAAGUAACUUAUUUCAUGUAAGUAACAUACAUUUUUUAAGUCGAACCAAGAUGUUUUCCUAAACAUAACCAAGUAGUUUUGUUGCGUUUUACAACGUUAGCCACUGGUUUCAUUUUGAAAAUCUAACUGGACGUUCUUGCUAACUAGACCGCGGAGCCGUCCGCGUCCAAAAACAACGCUAAAGGGUCUCUGCAAAGCGUCCACAUUUGACGCUAACAGGUUGGGAAAAACAGUCUGAGCCGUGAAGAAGCACUUUUUGUGGACGUGUCUUCUGCACGGGUUACAAAACAUUUUGUACCUGCUAGUUGUUUCAACAUCAAAAUAUGUGAAACAGGGUACGAGUUUAAAAAAUAGGGAUUAUCCCUUCAAGUUUAGGUUUAGCCAAUCAGAGACUGCGUAGGCGACAGGACUUGACACAAAGCUGGUGGGGGUCAAAAACGCGUGAGACGCUCUCAGGAAAAUCCCUCCUCAUCCUCCAUGUUCUGCUGCUCGCAGCUGCGGAAAAUUUAAAAAGCCAAA